AAAACUCAACCAGAAAAACCCAAACCACUGGGUUUCUGACUUAGCCCAGUUUGAGUCGUGUUCAUUGAUGCCAUUUAUCUCCUCUUCCAGAUGCUAUUAAAUAACACUGGAUCCUAACAACAAACCCUGUAGUUUCUCACUAGACAUUUCCCCCACCACUUGAUCAUGUUCAUUUUCACUUUUUGUUUGCAAUCCUUCAGUUAGUUUUUAAUCAACAUGACAAUAUUUAUACCCAAACCCAUAUUAAUUAAUGUUGAAGUAAGAUCUUGUGGAACUUUGCAUUCCUUCCUUUCUGUCUUGCAUGCAUUGAAGCCGAAAGGAUUAUUAUUCCAAAAACGCCACUGGGGCACAGAAGAUCAAACAAUCUGCCCUAUAUAGUGGGUCACCAAAAGGAUUUGAGAGCUUUUAAGACUUUUGUGGCAAGGUGGCUGAGGCAUUCCAACUGCAUCACCUAGAGGCUUGCUUGGCGACAUCUCCCAUUCCCCCUUAGCCGUUGGAACUCACUGAACAAUGGCAGUUUCCAAUUUUUAGGCCUAAAAAGGAGAUUCUUUCUCUUUGAACUCGAAGGUCACCAACUUAAAAACACUACACGCUUUCCCACGUCACUACUGAUUUUGAUAUGCAGGUUACUAUGGAUACUUUCUUUGGAAGAUGUAUCUUUUAUAUGGUGUGUGAAAGCCAUGUGUGUAGCCAGUACAGAGCAUCAAGUUCUUUGCCAGAUGAAAAGAAGGAGUUUCUGCAAAAUGGACCUGAUUUGCAAGAUUUUGUGUCUGGAGAUUUUUCUGAUAAGAGCAUGUGGGCUGAGUAUAAAGGCAAUUUAAAACGCCAGAAGGGAGAAAGGCUGCGACUUCCUCCAUGGCUAAAAACUGAGAUUCCCAUAGGAAAGAACUAUAAUAAACUGAAGAGUACACUGCGAAGUUUAAAUCUUCAUACUGUGUGUGAGGAAGCACGUUGUCCCAACAUUGGAGAGUGCUGGGGAGGGGGUGAGUAUGCUACUGCUACAGCAACUAUCAUGUUGAUGGGUGACACAUGUACAAGAGGAUGCAGAUUUUGUUCAGUAAAGACAGCAAAAAAUCCACCUCCAUUGGAUCUUAACGAACCCUACAAUACAGCAAAAGCUAUAGCUGAAUGGGGCUUGGAUUAUGUUGUAUUGACAUCUGUAGACCGAGAUGAUAUUCUAGAUGGCGGAGCAGAACACUUUGCAAAAACUGUAUCACACUUGAAGGAAAGGAAUUCAAAAAUUCUAGUAGAAUGUUUAACCCCUGAUUUUCGAGGGGACCUUAAAGCAGUGGAGAAAGUUGCUUUGUCAGGACUGGACGUAUAUGCCCAUAAUGUGGAAACUGUUCCAGAGUUACAGAGGAAAGUACGUGAUCCUCGGGCCAAUUUUAAGCAGUCCUUACAAGUUUUGAAGCAUGCUAAGAAGGUCCAACCUGAUGUAAUUUCUAAAACCUCCAUUAUGCUGGGAUUAGGCGAGACAGAUGAACAAGUAUAUUCAACAAUGAAAUUAUUACGUGAGGCAGAUGUCGACUGUUUGACCUUAGGACAAUACAUGCAACCAACAAAACGUCAUCUAAAGGUUGAGGAAUAUGUUACCCCUGACAAGUUUAAACACUGGGAAAAAGUGGGAAAUGAGCUUGGAUUUCAUUACACAGCUAGUGGUCCUCUAGUGCGCUCCUCCUAUAAAGCAGGUGAAUUUUUCUUGAAGAAUUUAGUAGAGAAAAGGAAGACAAAGGUCAUCUGAAGGUGGAAGAGGACCCAUUUUAAGUCACCUACAACUUUAAAGAUUCAUUUUUUCAUAAGUUCAUUUAAUUCCAAAAAUAUAGCAUCCCACAUCAUGGAAUGAAGAAUGAACUUAAUAUUUCUAGAACACUGCUCCCUUGACAAAACAAUUGACAUUAAUUCGCCUAGUUCUUCUUAGUCUCUAUAAAAUUACAGCUACAAGGUACUUUAGUGUUCAGUGAAUCAUCAAGAGCCUUAGCCUUAGAAUGUAUCAAAACAGAGACUCUGAUUUGGUGAGCAGGGGAAUUAUGAGGAAAAAAUAAAGAGAAAUGACAUAUAUAUGUAAACAAAAAUGGAUGGAUUGUGAAAUCUGGUAUAGUGUAUUAAAUGCUGAAAUAAAAAAAAUCUUGCCACCUGC